UUUUCCCCUCUCUCUUCUUGCAAGCAUCUCAUUUCUCUCUUUCUCUCUUUCUCUCUCUUUGGGAGAAAACCCACUCUUCUUUUCUCUCUCUUGCACACAUAUACACACUCCUCUUUUUUAUUCCCUUCUUCACUCCACUGCCCAGCUUCGCCCUGUCCAUCGCUCACCGUUUGCAGUAGCUUCUCUACUUUUCACUUUCUCCCUGAGAUCAUGGUCAGAAAGAGAAGAACUGAACUACCCAGUGGGGGUGAAAGCUCUGAGGCUCAACGCCCUGCUGAAAGGAGUGCACCACCCCAACAACAGGCUGCUGCUGCUGCCCCAGGAGGGGCUGGACCCCAAGGAGGCAGAGGUUGGGGUCCCCAAGGAGGACGAGGAGGCUAUGGUGGGGGCCGCAGUCGUGGGAUGCCCCAACAGCAAUAUGGUGCCCCUCCUGAAUAUCAAGGUAGGGGAAGGGGAGGGCCUUCUCAGCAAGGAGGCCGUGGAGGGUAUGGCGGUGGCCGAAGUGGUGGUGGUAUGGGCAGUGGCCGUGGCGUAGGUCCUUCAUAUGGUGGCCCAUCCAGGCCACCGGCACCCGAGCUGCACCAAGCAACCUCAGUUCAAUUCUAUCAAACUGGGGUGAGUUCUCAGCCUGCAUUAUCUGAGGCCAGUUCAUCACUGCCGCCGCCGGAACCUGUUGAUUUGGAACAGUCAAUGGCGCAGAUGGUGCUUCAUUCUGAAGCUGCUCCUUCUCCGCCUCCUGCAAGUAAAUCAUCAAUGAGGUUCCCUCUUCGACCAGGAAAGGGUAGCUAUGGCACCAAAUGUGUUGUCAAGGCUAAUCAUUUCUUUGCCGAGUUGCCCAACAAAGAUCUGCAUCAAUAUGAUGUAACAAUUACUCCUGAAGUGACAUCAAGAGGAGUGAACCGUGCUGUUAUGGAGCAGUUGGUGAGGCUGUAUCGGGAAUCUCACUUGGGUAAGAGACUUCCUGCUUACGAUGGGCGCAAGAGCCUCUAUACUGCUGGACCACUUCCUUUUAUGUCAAAGGAGUUCAGAAUUGUUCUUGCUGAUGAUGAUGAAGGAGCUGGAGGCCAGAGGAGGGACAGGGAAUUCAAGGUUGUGAUAAAAUUGGCUGCACGGGCAGAUCUUCACCAUUUAGGACUCUUUUUACAGGGAAGGCAAACUGAUGCUCCUCAAGAGGCUUUGCAGGUCCUUGACAUUGUUCUGCGUGAACUCCCUACUACAAGGUAUUGUCCUGUAGGAAGAUCAUUUUAUUCACCUGAUUUGGGUAGAAGACAGCCUUUAGGUGAGGGAUUGGAAAGCUGGCGUGGUUUCUACCAGAGUAUUCGGCCUACACAGAUGGGGCUAUCCCUGAACAUUGAUAUGUCUUCCACUGCAUUUAUUGAGCCAUUGCCGGUAAUUGACUUCGUAAAUCAACUGCUGAACAGAGAUGUAUCUGCCCGGCCAUUAUCUGAUGCUGAUCGUGUUAAGAUCAAGAAAGCUCUUCGAGGUAUCAAAGUUGAAGUAACACAUCGUGGAAACAUGAGAAGGAAAUAUCGUAUCUCUGGUCUGACUUCACAGGCAACCAGAGAAUUGACAUUCCCAGUAGAUGAAAGGGGAACCAUGAAAUCUGUUGUGGAGUACUUCUAUGAGACAUAUGGGUUUGUCAUUCAACAUACUCAGUGGCCUUGUCUGCAAGUUGGCAAUACACAGAGACCUAACUAUUUGCCAAUGGAGGUUUGCAAGAUAGUGGAAGGUCAAAGGUACUCAAAAAGGCUUAAUGAGAGGCAAAUCACCGCUUUGCUGAAAGUUACAUGCCAGCGUCCUGUUGAGAGGGAGCGUGAUAUCAUGCAGACAGUACACCACAAUGCAUACCAUGAAGAUCCUUAUGCCAAAGAAUUUGGGAUCAAGAUCAGUGAGAAGCUUGCUCAAGUUGAAGCUCGCAUCCUUCCUGCUCCAUGGCUCAAAUAUCACGAUACGGGCAGAGAAAAGGAUUGUCUUCCUCAAGUUGGGCAAUGGAAUAUGAUGAAUAAGAAAAUGGUUAAUGGGGGAACAGUUAACAACUGGUUCUGCAUAAACUUUUCGAGGAAUGUUCAAGAUAGUGUUGCCCGCGGUUUUUGCUAUGAACUUGCUCAGAUGUGUUAUAUAUCUGGAAUGGCAUUUACACCUGAGCCAGUAGUUCCCCCAGUCAGUGCUCGCCCUGAUCAAGUGGAAAAGGUUCUUAAAACUCGGUAUCACGAUGCCAAGAAUAAACUGCAAGGAAAAGAGCUUGAUUUACUCAUUGUUAUCUUGCCGGAUAAUAAUGGAUCACUAUAUGGUGACCUCAAACGUAUUUGUGAGACAGAUCUAGGACUUGUUUCACAAUGUUGCUUAACUAAGCAUGUCUUCAAAAUGAGCAAGCAGUACCUUGCAAAUGUUGCUUUGAAAAUUAAUGUCAAAGUUGGAGGGAGAAACACUGUACUGGUUGAUGCGCUCUCACGACGCAUUCCCUUGGUCAGUGACAGACCUACAAUUAUUUUUGGAGCUGAUGUGACUCAUCCACAUCCUGGAGAGGAUUCAAGUCCAUCAAUUGCAGCAGUUGUGGCUUCGCAAGACUAUCCUGAAAUUACAAAGUAUGCUGGUUUAGUUUGUGCCCAAGCUCAUAGGCAGGAACUCAUCCAGGAUCUUUUCAAACAAUGGCAAGAUCCAGUCAGAGGAACAGUGACUGGUGGAAUGAUCAAGGAACUUCUUAUAUCUUUUAGGAGAGCUACAGGACAAAAGCCACAACGCAUCAUAUUUUAUAGGGAUGGUGUUAGUGAGGGUCAAUUUUAUCAGGUUCUACUGUUUGAGCUUGAUGCUAUUCGAAAGGCAUGUGCAUCCCUGGAACCCAACUAUCAGCCUCCUGUGACUUUUGUGGUGGUUCAAAAGCGUCACCACACAAGGCUCUUUGCCAGCAACCAUCACGAUAAGAGUUCUUUUGACAGGAGUGGCAACAUAUUGCCUGGUACUGUUGUUGACUCCAAAAUCUGCCAUCCCACCGAAUUUGACUUUUAUCUCUGCAGCCAUGCUGGAAUACAGGGUACAAGCCGUCCUGCUCACUACCAUGUGUUGUGGGAUGAAAACAAUUUUACUGCUGAUGCCUUGCAAACACUCACCAAUAAUCUUUGCUACACAUAUGCUCGGUGCACCCGAUCUGUUUCAAUUGUGCCUCCUGCAUACUAUGCUCACCUUGCUGCAUUCCGUGCAAGGUUUUACAUGGAACCCGAGACUUCGGAUAGUGGCUCUAUGACAAGUGGUGCUGUUGCAGGCCGUGGGAUGGGUGGCGGCGGUGGUGGUGGUGUAGGGCGUAGCACCCGGGCACCUGGUGCUAAUGCUGCUGUGAGACCAUUGCCUGCACUCAAAGAGAACGUUAAGAGAGUUAUGUUUUAUUGUUAAGAAGAUAUGAUAUGCAUGCCAAAGAUUACUUUUAGCAACCUUGUUUUGUGGAGGAGUGCUUUUUCCCUUGCUGCUUUCAAACUAUCUCCAGUGGUGUGGUCUGUGUCAUUAGUAUUGAGUUUUUUGAAACUAUUUAAGGUGUGUGGUGUGUUGAAUAAGGUUGUCCAGUGUGGAGUGUUUUAUCUUUGCUAUGAGGGUCUGAUAUUUGAUGCAAACUAUGUUUAUUGUCGAAAGUUUCUUACUUUGUUGUUGCCUUCGAGAAGUUAAAUUUGGGUGAGUCGAGUUUUUGAUGAGAUAUAUAAAAUUUGCUGCUUAGUGGUGGUA